AUGGUGGCUGCGAUUUCUACGGCGAUAAACCCCAAGCGAGCGCAGACUCCAACUCCAAGGAGAACUCCUCUGUUAACUUCUGAAUCAGACAAUGCAGUCGCUCCUCCACGAAGGCCCAAAGCACGACAGGUUACUUCUCGCUACAUGUCUUCGUCAUCGUCUUCGUCUUCCUCCGUUUCGUCUCCUCCACGACGAUGCCAUUCACCGCUACUGGUGACACGGACGGUGAAUUCUACAAAGCAAACUCCUACGCCGGCGUUGAAGCGGUGUCAGUCGGCGGAGCGCAGGCGACGAGGCACUCCUCUACCUACUCCCACUGACACUCCCGCGGCUCAGAAAGUGCUAUUGACUUCCACCAGGAGCUUGUCUGUUUCGUUCCAGGGCGAGUCGUUCCCGAUCCAGAUCAGGACCACGAAACCGCUGCCGUCACAGAGUUUGCGGAAGAGCACGCCGGAAAGGAGGAAGGUCGCAACGACGCCGACGCCGGUGAGAAAUGGCAAUUCGGAUCACGCAGAGAAUGCGAGGUCGCUAGAUCGGCACCGGUGGCCGGCAAAAUCACUACCGCGGCCGCAGCAAAUGACGUGCGUGAACCGGAGCUUGGAAUAUGUUGUUUCCGCCGAGCAAAAACCAACGGACUCGCCGGCGAACGUUGUUAGGUCGUUGCAGAAUCUGAUGGUAGAUGUUCGAGCUUCUCACGACACGACACAGAGAUCAGAAAGUAACAAAAUUAACGGAUCUGGGUUUCGGCCUGAGCCUGAGCCUGAGCCUGUUGCGUCUGAUACCGAAAGUGUAACGUCUGAAAGUUCCUCUGGAGAUGGAAUUCGAAGUUCUCGCGGGAUCGUGGUACCGGCGAGGUUCUGGCAAGAGCAUAAUAACCGUUUACGGCGCCAAACGGAGACUCCGUCUUCUAGAAACGGUGUAAUUGGAAAUAAAGGAACUGUAACUACUGUUCCUAGUUCCAGGCUUCACGUGCAGAAGAAAUUAGCUUUGGAUUCUGCUGUUUCAUCGCCACGUGGAGUUGUGAAUAGCCGUGUUCUUCAAGGUUCUUCUAUUCGUUCCGCUGUUCGUCCCGCUUCUCCGAGUAAACUAGCGAUCUCGUCUGUGUGGUUUCCUUCUAGAGGAGUGAGUCCGUCAAAUGCGCAAAACGGCGUCACUGGUGGCAUGAGUAGUACGUUUGGUAGUGAACCUUCUGUUUUGAGUUUCGCGGUUGAUGUUUCGAGGGGGAAGGUAGGGGAGAAUCGGAUUGUUGAUGCGCAUUUAUUGAGACUCUUCCAUAACAGGUUCCUCCAGUGGCGUUUGGCAAACGCCAGAGCAGAUGCUGCCCUCUCUGCGCAGACAUUGAAUGCGGAGGAAAGCCUCAAAGCUGCAUGGCUAACUAUGUCUAAAAUACAAGAAUCUGUUAGAGCCAAAAGAACAGAGUUUCAGCUGCUGAAGCAACAGUUUAAGUUAAUAAGCAUCCUGAAAGAUCAAAUGGUGUUUUUGGAAGAUUGGGCUACUUUGGAUCGGGUUUACUCUAGUUCACUUUCAGGAGCUACUGAAGCCCUAAGGGCUAGCACUCUUCGUCUUCCUGUUGUUGGUGGGGCCAAGACAGAUAUGCUAAACUUAAAGGAUGCAAUUUGUUCAGCAAUGGAUGUGAUGCAGGCAAUGGCAUCCUCCAUAUGCCUGCUGUCACCAAAGGUUGGACAAUUAAAUUCGCUGGUUGUUGAAGUUGCCAACUUAAGUGCGAAGGAGCUUGUUUUGCUUGAAGAGUGCAAAGACCUUUUGUCAGUGAUUACUACCUUGCAGGUUAGAGAAUGUAGCCUGAGAACGCAUGUUGCUCAACUGAAAUGUCAAUCCAGAAGUACUACAGUGAAAUAA